GGGACGGGGACAGGGACAGGGAGCGGGCGGGCGGUCGCCGGGAGUCGAGGCGGGCCAGGGCGCGGCGUAAAGCCCCAUCGAGUGGCUGUGUGGAGGAAUACAGUCACACCCCCGAGCCGGAGGGCAGGUUACUGGCGACGGGAAGUGGUCGUGUCGGGCCGGGCGGACACCCCCACCGACUCCACCUCUUCCUUGGACCAGACCGGGCAUAGUGCACACACACCGACGCCCCCGGGUCUCCAGCCGCCCCACUUUGCCCCGCCAAGCUCGGGAGAGCUCACGGACGUCGGAGAACGAAGUCGCCCCUCCUCACCGCGGUCGGGGCAGCGAGCGGAGGGGGCCGCCAUCUGCUGGCCGCCCGAACGGGGGAAGAGGAUCCGAGCACCUCCAGGGAUUUCCACCCCACCUCCCUUUCCUCCUCCUCGGCGCCGGGAACAUUCACCAGCGAGCGGGCUCUCGCACGGGGAGCGCCGGGAUUUUUAUUCCAGAGGGGGCCUGGUGCGCCAGGGAGAGAGUGCGGGCGAAUCUGGGGAUGGAGUAGGUGCCCCCCUCCCCCCUUUCUCCCACCCAGAUCCCAGGCUUCAGUCUGAUGGCGGCGGCGGUGAAUUACUCGCCUCCCUGGUGGGUGAGCCUCCUGCACCGUCUCCCGCACAUCAACCUCCAGCUGGAGGUGGUCAGCAGCGACUUCCACCCCGAGGACACCCAGUACCAGGAGUCACUCCUGCUGUUAGGUGGAGUUGCUCUCGUCUGUUUGGCCCUCAACCUACUCUUCCUUCUCUUCUAUUCUUUUUGGCUUUGCUGUCGGCGGAAGGCUGAAGAUCAGCCAAAUGCAGACUGUUGCUGUACAGCAUGGUGUGUGAUCAUAGCAACACUUGUGUGCAGUGCAGGGAUUGCUGUUGGUUUCUACGGUAAUGGAGAAACUAGUGAUGGAAUCUUCAGGCUUGCCUAUUCAAUGAGACAUGCAAACCGCACCAUAACAGGAGUCGAGUACCUGGUUUCUGAGAGCUCUCGAGAUCUGAAUAGGACAGUAGAAGGAAGCCUUCAUACCUUACAGGAUUUGUUUGCAAAGGAACCACGGUAUCUAGAGAGCGUGCAGAAGUUAAAGGAUCUUCUUGGAAAUCUUGGUAGACAGCUAGUUAAAAUUCCAUUCUGGGAAAAGAGUGACAUCUCUUUGGAAGACUUGGCCGUUCUUAUCGAACUGUAUGAUUACUACAGGUGGUUGGGUUAUCUUGGCCUGCUACUUUUUGACGUUAUUAUCUGUCUACUGGUGCUGUUUGGAUUAAUUAGAAACUCAAAAGCAAUCCUUAUUUGUGCUGCUCUGCUGGGAGUAUUAACCUUGAUUAUCAGCUGGAGUUCUCUCGGACUGGAACUGGCAGUCUCAGUGGGUUCAAGUGAUUUCUGCGUGUCUCCUGAUGUAUACGUUUCCAAAAUGGCAGAUAAGCAUGGCCUUAUUGCUAAAGAUGCUUUAAAUUAUUACCUGGUAUGCAACAUUGGAUACCCAAACCCUUUUCAGCAGAAACUCUCACGUAGUCAUAAAGCUCUGGUGGAAAUGCAGGAUCAUGUAUCUGAACUUCUAAAAUCAGCUGUCCCUGAGUUCCCAUCUUCUUAUGAAUAUCUGGAACGGACUCAGAUAGUAUUGAACUCGACAGAGACUACCCUGCAGCAGUUGACUGCUCUGGUUGAUUGUCGCAGUCUUCAUAUGGAUUAUGUGCAGGCUCUGACGGGACUCUGCUACGAUGGUGUGGAAGGUCUAAUUUAUUUGGUUUUAUUCUCCUUUGUAACUGCACUGAUGUUGAGUUCAAUUGUCUGCAGUGUUCCACAUACGUGGAAGCAGAGUAAGAGGGGUCAUGUUGACGACGAUGGAGAUGAUGAUAUUGUGAAUCCUCAAGGGAGUCGGCAGCAGCAUGAUAAUCUGUACAGAGUUCACAUGCCUAGUCUCUACAGCUGUGGGAGCAGUUUUGGUAGCGAGACCAGUAUCCCUGCUGCAGCACAUACUGUGAGCAAUGCCCCGGUCACAGAAUACAUCAGGAGCCAGAACACAACUUAUCAGAACCCUCGCUGUGAGAAUACACCUCUGAUUGGCAGAGAAUCGCCUCCUCCUUCUCUGUAUUUGGCUGCUCUGGACAGUGGCAGCCAUCUGAGCUGGCAGCCAAAGAACUCCAACAGUGCAAGGACGAACUCUUACUGGUAAAGGAGGCAGCAAACCAGAACAGUACUCGAACAGCAUGAGAGCCAAAUACCUCGCCACAAACAGGCCUGAAACCAACAGCGUCCACUAAGACCACAGAAAGAGGAAAAACUGGAACUUUGUGUCAAAUGCCAUUAAUACAGUUUUGCUAUCUUGAGAGUAGCACUAUUCUAUCAGUUGUACAUUUGUACUGUAAAAGGUAGAUUGAUUACAAGGAAUGAACAAACUCUGCUAAUGUACUGUAGAUUGUGUGUUUGAAUGCUUAGGGGAUGUGUAUUGUUAAAUCUGCAGACCCUGCACAACCUUAUCUGUACCAAUAUCACAGUUUACAUUAUUCCAGUUCACUUCAGUUUAAGGUUCUCUCAUUUCUAGAUUGCAACAGACAUGCCAAGAUGUGUGGGUGUGCCAGUAUGCAAUCAUCUGAGCAAAAUCACAAUUGGUUUGUGCCUGUUGUAACAAUUGUAAAGUGCACCAGUCAUUGUAGAUGAAAAUACAGUAGUUCAGAUCAAUGCAGAAUUUAUAUUUUCUGGAAAAGUUCACAGAUGAAAUGCCAAAAUAUCAAACUACAUUUUUGCUAUUUUUUUUCAGGAGAUUUAAAAGUAUCACAGAAACCCCCAAAAUGACAGUGACAGAAAUAUAGAAAAACAUUAUUGAUUAUCAACAAGUUAAAAUUGAAGCCUGUGGUCUUUUAAAUUUACUAUGGUUGUAAUAUAACUUUAACCACUCAAAAGUUCACCAUAUACACUGGUGUUCUUUCUGUAAUAAGGGUAUGUAUUGCCACAGACAUCUUGUGUAAAUAUUGGGGUAAAUGCACUAAAAUUGCUCUGAAAGUUUGCCAAUUUAGGUAGCUAAUCAAUGAUCAAUGUGGUUAAUCUGAUUCUAGUUAUCACUGGUAUUACAUGUUGUUGUCUUCUUUAGGGAUUGCUUACAAAGCUCAAAAACCUCAUCUGUAAAUGUCCUGUCUUGACAGAUGCAUGUUUUAAUAUUGAUUGGCAAAUGUUUUACUUUGUUGCACAUAAAGACAUUUUAGCCUUUUCUUAAAGUAUGUUGCAGUACUGCACAGUUACUGUGGUUUUACUACGAUUUUUGUUUUAACUUUAUUUAACAUGUAAUUUCUUGUUUUGAAAUUAGACUUGCAUUUUUUUUUGCGUGUGUUUUACCCUGCAUGGGCAAUUUUAUACUUUUAGUUUAGAAUUUAGAAAGUUUAAUUAGCUCAAGGUUGUACAUUACUGGAAACUUACAAAUGCAUCUAAUCACUUGAGGAUAAAUUACAUUCUUGCAGGUUAUAAAAUAAUCCUGGAAGAUGCAUUUUGUGGAAUAUUACAAGUCUUAAAAUAAUAUAUCAAUGAUGGAGUGAUUUACCCAUGGUUUCUGUUAAAUAAAUUGAAACAUUGUAAAAUUUCUUAUUAAUUAUUGCUGUCUUGAGUAAAAAGUAGACACAAGCUUAAGUUGUGACAAUCCACCCACUGUGUCUGCUCAUGUUUUAGCAAUGGUGCUGUUUAAUAAUUGAAUCAGUUGCAUAUAGAGCAUACUAAUUCGGUUCUAUUGUUUGACUUCAGGAAGAAACAUUCCUGCUUUUGAGUUUGAGGGACUUUAUUUGGUGUUAAAAGGACGUCUGAAAUUAAAGUACUUAAAUUUUACACUGCAGUCUCUAAUCUCUGGGAGACUUUUUAAAACAAUCUUUUUGUUAACUUUCUACUUUACAAUAUUUGGCAGCUGAGCAAUAGCUACUUAAACAUGACUGAAACAUUCCAAAAGUCCAAUCUUUCAUUCAAGUCCGUGUUUAACAUGUUCUUGUGAAAGAUAUGCAUAUGAAUUAAUUCUAAUGCUACCCUGUCAUUUAUCCUGUUUGGUUCAAACAUAUUUAUUUCCAGCAUCUUUGAUACCUGGCAUUAGUCUUGGAAACAAUAACGGCAUUGGUACUUUCCAAGAGUCAUGUGAAUUAUGCUCUGAUUUACCAAAUUAGGAAUAAUUUGUUCCAUAUGUGCUGUUAGUCACAUGUCCUGAGUAUUUAGGGAAAAUAUUAAACUGUGCUUAAUGGCUUCAUGUCUAAGUCUGUUACUGUUGUUUUUGCAGUCACUCAGCACUGAGCACAAUGGAAAAAUUUCUGUGGCAGUUUGUAUACUUUAUAAAUGUGAAACUCUAAAAUGAGAAAACCUGAAAUUGAAAGUUCUAAACAGAAAAUGCACACUCUCCCCACUUAGUGAAGUCCACUUUUGUGUUACUGUGAUUGUAUUACACCCCAGUCAACCUCAAUCCUUCGAUCAGACGUAAUUACCUUAACAUGCCUACAUGUUCCAAAUGGGUAGCCAGAAGUUAAAAAUUUGAUUUGGCUUUCAGAGAGCUGAAUGAUUGAGUAUGUAUCUUACCCCAUAUGUAUCCCCCAUAUGUCCUUCAGCACGGAGCUGUGCACUCAAAUUAUGCUAGAACCUGAGCCACAAUCCAUCAGCAGCUAGGCACAAGAUCUUCUCUAUAGAAGCAAACAUCACUUUACUCUGUCAAAAAAUAGCUUGUUUAUUAUUCACCCUAUGAAUUAUAUUAACUAUUUUGCUUUGAAGUUAGAUGCUUGAGUUAAUCAGUAUGAACUAUCUGUUUGGCUGACAGCUUUUUUAAAUAUAAAGUUUGAGAACUUAAGAAAAUCCAUCCAGUUAGCAACAAGCAAGGAUUGUCACUAAGCCUAACUAAUUUUCUGCAAGAUAUUCAAAAGGACUAUGGUGUGUUCAGCUGCAUAAAUGAGCUCCCUUGCUCUCUCUCUUGCUUGCUCGCUGGCUAUCUCUCGCUUUCUUACUUGCUCUUUAGAAGCACAAUCUCAUCUUAAUUUUGUAACGUAGGUUUCCACAGUUAGUUUUUACACCUUGGAAAGCACACAUCAACCAUGCAACCUUGAAAAUGUGAAUGCAGGAAACACUUGGGUGUAAAACUGACCAUCAAUCAGGAAGAAUCCUGUAAUGAUACGAUAUUUACUGUGAAUUUACUAAGCACUGCAGGUUUGUGUCUAUAUUGGCAUUCUCUUCAUGUAGUACUUAAAGUAUUUUCUUGCUAGCAUGUGGACUUGCACUGAAUUUGCAGCGAGUGUUUUUGUCAAAAAAUUAUUAGAAGUGAGUAUCUAACUUUAUGACCAGUGAAAAUGAGUGAAGAUAAGAGUUUGUAAAACCUGCAGUAGGCUAAUGUUUAGAUUUAUUUUUUCAUCAACUAACUGUUCCUUAUACUUAUUAACUGUAUUGCCAGAAAGCCUGAAGAUUAAAAUUGUAACAAAAGUUCUCAGUCUUGGCCCUUGCAUUUGGUUCUGAAACUGUGCAAUAAUGUGAUUUUGUCGAGUGACAUAUUCUUGCAAAACAAAUAAUCAAUGCAAACUGAUUCUAAUUCUAAAAUCAUGGAAUGUGAUAUCUGCCAGUACAGCAACAAGAAGGAAUGAAAACUUGUUUUUUUUUUACUAAAACUAUUCGAUUAAAAAUAACUCUUCCACCCCCUAUUUGCAUGAUAUUAAUCCCAAAAGCUUUGUUCUAAAACAACCUCGUUUCAUAACUGAUAUUUUUCCAAUGCUUCCUGCCUUUCUCUGAAGCAGCAAAACUCUCUACUUAACACUGAACACUUUAGAAGUGUUUAACAUAAGGUUAUUGAUCUUCAGUUUUGUUCGAAAGUUAAAUGCAGUCAAAAUUGAAAAUUAGUUUUAAAUGUCAUUGAAAGCGCAUCUGAAAAUUUUAUCGGGAAUGCUGGCAGGUGAAGAUUUGAAGUGUAAAAGCAAACUGAGUCCAGUGAAAACUAUUUAGUUACGUUGUGAACCAGAGUUACUCUGUUGUAUUAGUGAGACAAUCCUUGAGUGUUUUCAUGGAAAUUUUACCAUUUGUAGAAAACUAUAUCCACAAAUGAAUAACUUGCACGAUCAGUGGGCAUUGAUUGGUAAAAUGUAAUUUGCCUUGUAAUGCCCUUUUUUUAACCAUUUCAAACAAUUGUGUACCAUACUGCUUCAAUUUUUACUUACAUAAUAACAUGUAACAAAACUGGUAAUUGUAGUACAUAGUAAUAGUGUAGUUUUGUGAAGCCUGUUUUUAAAACAGCAUUUUUUAUUCAAAGAGGGGAAUGAUCCUGUGUACUAUUGUUCAUUAUUAUUUUUGCUAAAAUUGCUGUAGCUCUUAAUAGAUUUAUAACAUUUUAAAACUUCUUUUUUCAAUGAGUAAAAUGUUGCAAAUGUCAAACCUGUGGUUUUCAUGAGCUUGAACUAAAUGUUUUCAAAAUGAAACUAAUAAAGUUUGUUGGCUUG